GGGCUCUUGUGUCUGGUUGGAUUCGAGAUGUCGUUAGAAGCUAUAGAUAUCUGUGGACUUGGACCUAUAUGGCGUAUGUAAAUGAGAGAUCUCUACCGUCAAUUCGCCAUCGCGUCCUCCCGUUUAUUUAGACUUGGUUGGCUGAACUCUCAAGUGAUCAUGCGUUCAUCGUUGGCCGUUUAUCAUCCCACCAGUGCCCCGUUGCCUGCCUUUGCAGACCUUUAUCAGCAGCCAGUCCAUAGCAGCCAGCUCAUCCGGCAUCUGUGCGGGGAAAUCACAAAGGCUAAAUCUUCGAUGAGAAUUUGAAAAAUCACUUCGGGUUACCCUUUGCCGGUCACCGGAGCCACUCUAUGUAUAUUUGUAUAUAAACG